AUGGAGAGGAGCAAUCACACAGUGACUGAGUUCAUCCUGUUGGGCUUCACAACAGACCCUGUGAUGCAGCUAGUCCUGUUUGUGGUGUUCCUUGGCGUGUACUCUGUGACCCUAGCAGGAAAUACCACCCUCAUGAUGUUGAUCUGUAAUGACUCCCAACUCCACACGCCCAUGUAUUUUUUUAUUGGAAAUCUGUCUUUUCUGGAUCUCUGGUAUUCCUCUGUCUACACCCCAAAGAUCCUAGUGACCUGCAUCUCUGAAGACAAAACCAUCUCCUUUGCUGGCUGCCUGUCUCAGUUCUUCUUUUCUGCGGGGCUGGCCUACAGUGAGUGCUACCUGCUGGCUGCCAUGGCUUAUGACCGCUAUGUGGCCAUUUCCAAACCCCUGCUUUAUGCUCAGGCCAUGUCCAUAAAACUACGUGCAUUUUUGGUAGCAGCCUCCUAUCUUGGUGGCUUUAUUAACUCUUCAAUCAUCACCAAAAAAACGUUUUCCUUUAACUUCUGCAGUGACAACGUUAUUGAUGAUUUUUUCUGUGAUUUGCUUCCCCUGGCGAAGCUGGCGUGUGGCAGGAAGGACGGCUACCAGGCCCUGAUGUACUUCCUCCUGGCCUCCAAUGUCAUCACCCCGGCACUGCUCAUACUUGCCUCCUACCUCUUCAUCAUUGUCACCAUCUUGCAGAUCCACUCCACACAGGGCCGCUUCAAAGCCUUCUCCACCUGCUCCUCCCACUUGAUCUCCGUCACCUUGUACUAUGGCUCCAUUCUCUACAUCUACUGUCGCCCCAGAUCUAACUAUUCUUUGGAUAAGGACAAAAUAGUUUCUACAUUUUACACCGUAGUGUUCCCUGUGUUGAAUCCCAUGAUCUACAGCCUGAGGAAUCAGGAUGUGAAAGAGGCUUUGAAUAGACUCCUUAAAUAA